GACAAAACACACACUCACCAACUUCGCGAGUGCGCUUCCUAAGACCCUAGUCCCUUUUGCUGUUGUCGUCUCCUCAACGCAACAUCAUUAUCACCAUCACUAUUUAAACCCCUCUUAACCCUUUCCCUCGUGUUCACUUUUUCCCCAAUCUCACACCUACCUUGCUAUCUCCGUUCAACUACCUCAUCGUCUUCUUCCUCCUCGAUCAUGUCUCACUUCAAGGGCAAGUACCAUGAUGAGCUUAUUGCAAAUGCUGCCUACAUUGGCACUCCUGGAAAGGGUAUUCUUGCUGCUGAUGAGUCGACAGGUACGAUUGGUAAGCGUUUGGCCAGCAUCAAUGUAGAGAACGUUGAAUCCAACAGGCGUGCUCUUAGGGAGCUUCUUUUCACUGCUCCUGGUGCUCUUCAAUACCUCAGUGGAGUCAUCCUCUUUGAGGAAACCCUCUACCAGAGCACAGCUUCAGGCAAGCCCUUUGUUCAGUUGUUGACGGAGGCUGGUGUGCUUCCUGGUAUCAAGGUUGACAAGGGCACCGUUGAGCUUGCUGGGACCGAUGGGGAAACCACCACUCAGGGUCUGGAUGGCCUUGGUCAGCGUUGUGCCAAAUACUAUGAAGCAGGUGCACGAUUUGCCAAAUGGCGUGCCGUGCUAAAGAUUGGUCCCAACGAGCCAUCAGAGCUCUCCAUCCAUGAGAAUGCCUAUGGCUUGGCCAGAUAUGCUGUCAUAUGCCAGGAAAAUGGGUUGGUUCCCAUUGUUGAACCCGAGAUCCUUGUUGAUGGACCUCAUGACAUUCACAAGUGUGCCGCUGUCACCGAGCGUGUCCUUGCAGCAUGCUACAAGGCUUUGAAUGAUCACCAUGUUCUUCUUGAGGGAACUCUGUUGAAGCCAAACAUGGUGACACCUGGAUCUAAAUCUGCAAAGGUUGCUCCUGAGGUGGUUGCUGAACACACUGUUAGAGCCCUGCAGCGAACUGUACCUGCUGCAGUUCCUGCGGUAGUUUUCUUGUCUGGUGGACAGAGUGAGGAGGAGGCAACCCUCAACCUCAAUGCCAUCAACCUGGUUAAGGGGAAGAAGCCAUGGACACUCUCUUUCUCUUUUGGAAGGGCACUUCAACAGAGUACCCUUAAGGCAUGGAGUGGAAAAGAUGAGAAUGUGAAGAAGGCUCAAGAAGCCUUAUUGGUAAGAGCCAAGGCUAACUCAGAGGCAACUCUUGGAACCUACAAGGGUGAUUCAAAGCUUGCUGAGGGUGCCUCAGAGAGUCUCCAUGUUGAGGACUACAAGUACUGAGAAAAGUUGGUUCUCUUUAUCGAGACUAGUGCGGGGUAGGAAUCGGGUGACAACCGAAUUUCUUGCUAAUGAGUAUUGUGGUUUGACUCCUCCCAGAAUAAUCGUUUGAAAUUUUGCUUUUUGUUUUAGUGUUCUGCAAUAUCAUUUUAGUUUCAAUGUAUUGGUCAAACAUGCGCAAAUGGAGGGGAUUUUAAUUUGUUUUCUUGGAAGACACCACCUUUCUAAACGAAGCUUUGUGUUUACUUACAAUUCUCCCGCUGUUUUGUUUUCGAUGAAAUCAAUAAAUGGAAGGGUUUAUGAUA